AUGCUGCUCUUGGGAGCAACAGAUCUCUUGCUAUCCAUCACAUCGCUCUGCUCGCUGUGGCUUGGAUUCGCUGUCCCCAUUUUCGGCGUCGUUCCUCGCGUAUGGCUGAAGAGCGAAAUCUCGACGUUGCUCCGAUUGUCCGCCACGUUCGUCGCUGUGUUCAGCGGCGUCUCGUAUUGUCUCAUAUUGACGAGGACUAAACUAUCACAUACGGAAUAUGUAACGUUCAAGACGUACUAUGCCUGGGAUGCGGACAUGACCUUUGUGUCAUAUCUGAACACGACCACCGCUAUUAUGCUCCUUGUGGAGACCAUGCUCUUUUGUCGCCUCCUUGCAAGGAUUAUCCGCAAUCGCAUAUUACACCAUAUUUUCGGAUACCUCAUCGUCCCACUCGUCGUCAUCAAGUUCGCUAGAGUCGCAAAUCUCGCUUGCACCGUCUUCGGCUCAGAGAUUGGCCGCCUGGAUUCUACAGCUGACUGUGAUGAGAGCCGAUGA